AUGAACUACUCAAUACUUUUUUCACAUUUUAAAGAAUAUGCGUUAAGCAAUAUAGAAAUUUUAUAUUGUAAAACAAAAAUUGGGAGUAAAUUUUCAUCUCUAAAUUAUAAUGAAAACUUCAGUAAAAUAAAACUAUUGAAAAAUAAUUACUCAACAUUGGGACAGCUAAUUAAAAGAAAGAAAAAUAUUGUAAAUUUGAAUACUAAUAAAAAUUUGAAAUGCUACAAGAGAGUAAAUAUAAAAAAAAUAUUAAAGAAUAACAAAAAAGAGGAAGGCACAUAUGAAAAAAAUAAUACAAAAAGUGAGGAGUUAAAUGAAGUAAAUAAAAAAUAUGAUUUUUCACAAAAUCAUUUUGUUCAUUUAAGAGGCUACAGUGCUGAACAAAAAGAAGACAAAAAUAAAGUAACAAAUGUAGUAGGAAAAAACAUUAAUUUACAAAAUAAUAAUGAAGAAAGUAUCCUAAAUAAUGAGAAAAUAAAUGAAUAUAAUUUAAAUAAUUUACAUGAAAAAAAUUAUAUACAUAAUGAAAAUAUAAAAGACGCAGUUGAUGAAUUAUUUUACACAAAGGAAAAAAAAAAAUACUUAAUGGACAGAAUUAUAUUUCGAAAUAAUUAUGACUAUAUGUAUUUGAUUGAUAAAUACGAAGAAUUUAAAAUAAAUGAUGAAAAUAACUUUUACAAUUCUAAUUAUGAUAUGAAAAACUCAAUUAAAUAUAUUAAAGAAAAUAAUAAUCAAUAUAAUGAAAAUAAUAGUGAAAUAAAUGGUAAUGAAAAUAAUAGUGAAAUAAAUUGUAAUGAAAAUAAUAAUGAAAUAAAUUGUAAUGAAAAUAAUGAUGAAAUAAAUUGUAAUGAAAAUUAUAAUAAAAUGGUGAAAGGUAAGAAUGAUGAAUAUUAUUAUUUUCACGAAGUUGAGAAUGAAAACAAUGAAAAUAAUAUAAAUAUGCAAUUUAAGUAUUUAAAUAAUAAUUUAAAUAUAUCAAUAUUUUCAGAAAUAGGAAAAAAAGAUAUAUUAGAAAAUUGCAAAAAGAAAAAAAAUAUGCAAAACGAAAUAAACAAAAAUAGUGAUGCGAAAAAUAUUUUUAAUAAUGAUAUUUAUUUUUGGUUAAAAAGAAAAGUUCAUCGAUCAGUUGAUUGGAAGUUAAUACCUUUUAAUCAAAAUAAAAAUGAUGAUAUAAUAGAUGUUACAGAAUUGAAUUGUAUAAUUCAAGGAAAUUCAAAUGGAAUACCUGUUAAUUCAUUAGAAAAUGAUAAUUCAAAUAGUGAAAAUAAUUUAAACAAAAAAAAAAAUGAAACAGAAAAAGAUAAAAAUCAUAUGAAAUGUGAUAAAAAUGUUUUAAAUGUUAAAUGUGAUAAUAGUGACAAAAAAUAUAAUGAAAAAUCGGAAUUUUUAAUAAAUAAUGAUGGAAAUAAUGAAAUGUUUGAAAUUAAUAACAAAAAUACUAUAAAUGGAGAAAAUAAUAUUAAUAAGAACAAAUUGACUUAUUUACAAAAAAAAAUUGCACCAUCUCAUUUUUUGAAAAAAUUAAAUAUAAAUAUAUUGGAAGACAAUAAUAAUGUCCAAAAUAAAGUUCAAGAUAAAGAAAAAGAAAAUAUUGAAAAAAUUAGAAAAAUAAAAGAGGAAGAAAAGGAGAGAAUAACAAAUAUUUUUUUAAAUAACUCCGAAAUUUUACAACCAACAUAUGAAGAACAAAAAAUUUUUGAAAAGGAAAAAAUGAAUAAUAUGGAAGGUAAUGAGACUAAAAAAACAAGCAAUUUUGAAAGUUGUGAAAAUAAACAAAUGAAUAAUUUGAAAAGUGAAAAAAAUAAUGAUAUAAUUUUAAUUGAUGAGUUUGAAAAUAUGAAAGAUGAAUAUAAUAUGAAUAAUAUAGAUGAUAAAACCUAUGAAGGAAUAGUAGAUAAUAGUAAAAAUGUGUUCAAAAAAUUAAAAGAAAAUUAUGAAAUGUUCAAAAAAGAAAAAAUGUCUCCAUAUAUAUUAGAACAUUGUGAAAAAUAUAUAAAUUAUUAUUAUGGCAUUGAGAAAGAAGAAAAAAUAAAAGAAAUGAAAAAAUAUGCUGACUUAAAAUUUUAUGAUGUAAUUAAAGACGAUAAAUUUACAAUAAACGAUUUUAAUAUGCUAAUAAAAAGUAAAAUCAUAUUUAAUAAAGAAGAAGAAGCAUUUAACUAUUUUAAUUUAUUAAAGAAAUAUGAUUUUAAAAUAAAUGUUGAAACAUAUAAUAGUUUAAUGUAUACAUGUGUUGUUCAAAAAAAUUCUAAAUUAAGUAGAUUAAUAUAUCUACAGAUGAUAAAAGAUUUAUUUACUCCAAAUAAAAAUACUUUUUGCAUUUUGAUUAAAGCACAUAUAUUAGACAAUGAUAUUAAAAGUGCUUUUCACUUAUAUAGAAAAAUGAUUAAAGAAGAAAUAGAAGUGGAUUUACCAAUUUAUUCUACCUUAAUAGAUGGAUUAAUAAAACAUAAAUUGUAUAAAAGAGCGGAACAAUUUUUUAAUUAUAUUGUAACUUAUAAAAAUGUUGUACCUGAUGAAAUUCUAUACACUAUUAUGAUUAAAAAUUGCUCUUAUAAUGGAGAAGCAGAAAAAUGUUUAAAUUUUUAUGAAACAAUACUUUCUAAUAAUUUAAGAGUAACAGAUUUAACGUUAAUAGAAAUAAUUAAUUGCUUAUCUAAAAGAAAUGAUUAUUUUCAUAAAGUUUUUCAUUUUUAUAAUAUUUAUUUAGCUAAUGAUAUGAAAAUAAAUCGCCGUUUAAUGUUGUAUAUGAUAAUUGCUUGUUCUAACAAUGGUAAUAUAAAAAGAUUAAAAGAAAUUUUAAAAACGAUGAAUAAACAUAAAAUUAAAAUAACUAAUGAAAUGUAUUGCUAUAUUAUCAGAACAUUUGCAAAUAAUUGUAAAAAUAAAAAUAUAACACUAAGUGAAAAAAACAAUAACAUUAAAUAUGCUUGGAAGAUAAUAUAUGAUCUCUUAAAAAAUAAUAAGAUUAAUAACAGUUAUAAUACAGAUAGUAAUAAUAAUAUUAAUGGUAUUAAUAAAAAUAAUAAUGAAUUAAAUAAUGAAUCUACUAAUCAGUUUAAUGGCGCUAUUAUUAACGAAAGCAAUAAUAUAAACACAAAAAUGUUAAAUAGUAUUGUUCUAUUAUAUAUUAAUUGUGACUAUUAUGAAUAUUCUAUUAAUAUGUUAAAGUAUUAUUCAUAUUUUAAUUGUAUCCCAGAUUAUUAUACUUUUAAAAUAUUAUUUAAGAUGUUAUCUUUUAAAUUAAAAGAUUAUGGAAAAGUUAUUUGUUUAUAUAAUUAUAUGAUAAAUAAUACCAAUAUAAAAUCAGAUGAAUAUACUUUUAAUAUAGUUUUAAACGCAGCUAUUAAAACAAAAUCAUCAAAACAUACUCUAUUUAUUUUACGCCAUAUGUUUGCAGCUAAAAUAUAUCCAACACCUAAAAUGAUAAAAAAAUUAUUUCAUGUUGGAAGGCAUAUAACAGAAAUACAAUUAUUAAUUAACAGUAUGAUAAAUCAACAAAAAAAAGAAGUAUAUGAAGAAAAUUUAAAAGAAAACCAAUUAAUUCAACUUAAUAUUGACGAAUAUGAAUUAAAUUUAUUUAAGGAAGGAAGAACAUUUAAAACAAAAACAGAACUAGAUCAAGUAAGAGAACAGUUUUUCAAGAAAAAACAAAGAAUUGAAAAAGAAAAAAGAAUGUCAAAAAAUAAAAAAUCUUCUAACUGGUUACCUUAUGGUCAAUAUCUUCAAAAUAAAAAAAAAGGAGGCGAAGCAUAUGCAAAAAAAGUGGAUAAACCAAAACCAUUCUUUUUUGAUUUAAAAUAA